CGCCCACUCGCCCGCACGGUCCGUGGGCAGCCGGCAGCUCGCACCGCCCCGCUCGGCACGGGCCCGCAGGUAGGAAGGAGGCGCCGAGGGACGCGGCCCCUGCAGCCCGGCCCCACCCGCGUCCCGCUCCCGCCGCCAGCUGCGAGGGCUCACUCACACCAUCACCAUGAGUGAAGCGUUCGACUGUGCCAAAUGCAGCGAGUCCCUGUACGGUCGUAAGUACAUCCAGACAGACAGUGGCCCCUACUGCGUGCCCUGCUAUGACAACACCUUCGCCAACACCUGUGCCGAGUGCCAGCAACUUAUCGGGCAUGACUCAAGGGAGCUGUUCUAUGAAGACCGCCACUUCCACGAGGGUUGCUUCCGCUGCUGUCGCUGCCAGCGCUCGCUGGCCGACGAACCCUUCACCUGCCAGGACAGCGAGCUGCUGUGCAAUGACUGCUACUGCAGUGCCUUCUCCUCACAGUGCUCCGCCUGCGGGGAGACUGUCAUGCCUGGGUCCCGGAAGCUGGAGUACGGGGGCCAGACAUGGCAUGAGCACUGCUUCCUAUGCAGCGGCUGUGAGCAACCACUGGGCUCCCGCUCCUUUGUACCUGACAAGGGCGCUCACUACUGCGUUCCCUGCUACGAGAACAAGUUCGCUCCUCGCUGUGCCCGCUGCAGCAAGACACUGACACAGGGUGGGGUGACAUACCGUGACCAGCCCUGGCAUCGCGAGUGCCUGGUCUGCACCGGGUGCCAGACACCCCUGGCAGGGCAGCAGUUCACCUCCCGGGAGGACGACCCCUACUGUGUAGCCUGUUUUGGAGAACUCUUUGCACCCAAGUGCAGCAGCUGCAAGCGCCCCAUCACAGGACUCGGUGGAGGCAAGUACGUAUCCUUUGAAGAGCGACACUGGCACCACAGCUGCUUCUCCUGUGCCCGCUGCUCUACCUCCCUGGUGGGCCAGGGCUUUGUGCCGGAUGGAGACCAAGUGUUGUGUCAAGGCUGCAGCCAGGCAGGGCCCUGAGCCGGAACUCCGGCUCAGGCUGUCCAGGACUUUGGCUUCUUCGCGAUACCACCUCUGGGUCCCAGCCCUUCCCCCACACGGGGUUCCCCUGGGUCCCAGCAUUCAAUCUCCCACCCCCAGCACCCUCUAACUGGUACUUCUGACCCAGACUUGACCCUGUCCUCUGUAGUGUGGGCUCCAGGCCAAGCCCCCGCCCUGCCUCGGGGCUACAGACCCCAGCCCUUCUAGCCAGAACUCUGGAACUUAGGCCUACCUUCAAUCUACACUUGUCUCUCAAAUUUACGUGUUCUACAGGGACCUGGGAAGUCCUCAAAUGUAGACUGCACAGUCUCCUGUCCUUGUCUUCAGGGCUCGGGGGAGGAGGGCUGUCUGGGCAGUACGUGGCAAGGCUUGCCCGGUUAAGGGGCCCUAGGGUGCAGGUGCUGCCCAGGCUGUGUCUGCCAGGUGUCUUAUCUGAUUUCAGCUCCCUGGUGCCCAGAGGUGAACAGAGGGGCUGGACUGGCUCGCCCCCCUCUUGGAUUCUGCAAUAAAGCAGUGUGAGGAA